ACCCACGGAGCUGGGGUGCCAGAGGUGCUUCUGGGCCAACUGCAGUCUGGAGCUGCAGACACACCCCGACCUGGACCUCCCCUCAGACCUCUCCAGGGACCAGGAUCCUGAGCCUGUGACACAGCCUCUCCACAUCCUUCAGCCUGCCAGCUCCACACCAUGGGUGGGCCUCUGGCCUUGCUGGCCGCACUCUGGGCUCUGGGGGCAGCCAGAGCCGCGGCGCUGCGCAUCGGAGCUUUCAACAUCCAGAGCUUCGGGGACAGCAAAGUGUCAGACCCGGCCUGCGGAGGCAUCAUCGCGCAAAUCCUGGCCGGCUACGACAUCGCGCUGGUGCAGGAGGUGCGAGAUGCGGACCUGAGCGCCGUCGACUCCCUCAUGAAGCAGAUUAACAGCGCGUCCAGGCACGAGUACAGCUUCGUGAGCAGCGAGCCUUUGGGUCGGGACCAGUACAAGGAAAUGUACCUGUUCGUCUACAGGAAGGACGUGGUGUCGGUCAUGGACACAUACCAGUACCCGGACCCGGAGGACGUCUUCAGCCGGGAGCCUUUCGUGGUGAAGUUCUCGGCGCCCCGCUCUGGUGAGGCCCCGCCCCUCCGCAGGCCCCGCCCGAAGGCCCCGCCCCUGACGCAACCCCCACCUGCAGCUGCCCAGGAGGUGGUGCUGGUUCCCCUGCACGCGGCGCCGCACCACGCUGUGGCCGAGAUCGACGCGCUCUACGACGUGUACCUGGACGUGAUUGACAAGUGGGGCACUGACGACUUGCUGUUUCUGGGCGACUUCAACGCCGACUGCAGCUACGUGCGGCCGCACGACUGGGCGGCCAUCCGCCUGCGCAGCAGCGAGGUCUUCAAAUGGCUCAUCCCGGACAGCGCCGACACCACGGUGGGCAACUCUGACUGCGCCUACGACCGCAUCGUUGUCUGUGGCUCCCACCUGCGCAGGAGCCUGAAGCCCCAGUCGGCCGCCGUGCAUGACUUCCAGGAGGAAUUCAGCCUGGACCAGAGUCAGGCCCUUGCCAUCAGUGACCAUUUUCCUGUGGAGGUGACCCUCAAGUCGCACUGAGCCCUGCGGUGCAAGCCCCAUCGAGCCCUUCUGGGCAGCCAGCCAAGCCCAGUGAGGCUGCAGGGUGGCAUCGGCUGGCCUGGACAAACGACGGGACCCUUUGAGCCCUUUGCCCGUCUGUGAAGCAUGAUGCCACCACCCACCUCGGGGGGUUGUGAGAAACACCUUGCAGAGCGCUGGGCACUCGGUAAACAUGAUCCAGCACAGGGAAGACCGUACCCAGCCCAGCCACGUCGGUGCUGACACCUCCAUGUCCUUUCUUAGGCCGCAGCCCUCUUGGGGCACAAUUCUUGGUCCUGCAGCCCAGCAGGUUCCUGGCCCAAGUUCCCUUAGGGGACAGGGACAGCCCGGUCUGCCCACUCCAUGUCCUGCUGGGCACUGGCCACCUCCACACUAGGCUGGCUCUAGAAGGCAGCCCCCGUGCUCACGUGCGUGGAGUGCUAAUGCCCAAGGCCCACCUCCCGGACCACGGGGCUCCUGCUCCAGCCUGAUGCCCAGGCACGCGGGUGUGCAGGUCAGGAAGGCUGGCCGGCUGCCCCCAGCUGGUUGGGGGCCCUCGGACAUGUGGAGCCCCCACCGUGGUGAGCAGGUAGGCUGGGCCGAGGUCAUACCCCUGGAAGUCGACAGCACACUGUGGUACGGCCCCUUCGGCCAGGCCUUCCUGGGCAGGGGCCAUCAGGGAGGAGAGUGGCCCGUGCCCCGGCCAAGCUCACUGCCUAAGAAUUGGGAGCAAGCAGAGCUGGGUACACAGGGUUACUGACAGGGGCCCCCUGAGGUUUCUGGUUUUCGAAGCAGCUCAUCUUUGGCAGGAUUUGGGAAAUGGCCUGAAUUACAUGGGAGGGAAAGACCUGGUUUCAGAAGUUUGGACAAGCUUUUCUUGCUAGAUCUUUCCAACGUGAGAAUUAGGACACUAGCAAGGUAAAACAUCUCGCAAGAAAUGCCUCCCUCAUCCCUCUCCAGGUCACCCCCACUUCUCCGAACACGCCUUCCACCCCAAAGUGGUGCAAGACCUUUCCCCUGGCGGGGUUUUGGGUGACUUGUCAGGGCCCACAACUCCCUGGCCUCCUGCCUCCAGCAAUCAGGCAUUCCACCGCCAGGGAUGGGAAAGCCAAGCACUUUAUUCAGCUCUGGCAGAGGAGACACUGGUGACAUCAUGGGGGUCCAGAAGGCACCCCCUGCCAGUUAACGAUGCCCGGAUCAAGACACUGCUUGCCAGUUGCGACCCCUGCCCACCCCCCAGGCACAAAAGGCACUCCGGUGGGGACCAGCCUUGGGGCUGUAGCUGGGAGGAACAGGGUCUUCUAGGAGGAUCAGAAAAACAAAGCUGCAAUUACUUCUAUGCGGCAAAGUACCUUAUUUAGAUCCCUUGGGACCACAGGGCCCCCCAGAAGGGUGCAGGGGCCACCGGGCCCUUAGCCUUUCUUUUGUUUGAGCUUUUCUAAGUACGUCUGCAGGGACUUUUGGAUGGCGUCUUUGGAGAUGAAGCUGACGAAGUUCUGGAUGUCGGCGUCGCGCUGCUUCAGCAGGCGGUCUGCCGUGGCCUGGCGGAUCAUGCUCUUGGUUAGCUGCCGCGCGUGAUCUAAAGAAAACGAGGGCCACGGGGGAAGACGCAGCUGUGGCACAGUGGCAUAAGUCCCCGCCUCUUCAAGAGAGUGCCAGCAGGAGCUCUGCCGGAAACCUUAGAACGAACACGCUGUUCCCUACAGCCCGCCAGUUUCUCUUAAGAGCACAGAAGAUGACCCUGUAAAAACUGC